AUGCCCGCCAUCCAGGCUCGUAUGCUUCGUGCCUGCACCGGACGAUCUCUGUACAUGACAUCCGCACCAUCACUCCAUUCAACCAUUCGGAUCCGACUGGGCCAAAUGGCGUCCCAUCUCUCCACCACCCCCAGCACGAUUCCGGCCGGGACAAUGUCCCUGGCAGACUUGCCGAAAUCUAAUGUCUUCACCUCGAAACUGCCGGCAGACCCGGCAUUCGAGACCCCCGAGGCCUCUCACAAAGCGCCGCGCCAGACCCUGGGCCCCCGCAUGGUGAAGGGCGCCUUGUUUACCUAUGUCCGGCCGGAAACCGUCGAGGAGCCGGAGUUGCUCGGAGUGAGUCCGAGGGCGAUGGCGGACCUGGGCCUCAAGCCGGGUGAGGAGCAGACCCCGGCUUUUCAGGCGUUGGUUGCGGGGAAUGAAUUCGCCUGGUCCGAGGAGAAGGGGGGUGUUUACCCAUGGGCGCAAUGCUAUGGAGGAUGGCAAUUUGGUUCAUGGGCGGGGCAACUGGGAGACGGUCGAGCCAUCAGUCUCUUCGAAACCACCAACCCCGCGACUAAGAAGCGAUAUGAACUGCAAUUGAAGGGCGCCGGAAAGACGCCUUAUUCACGGUUCGCGGAUGGGAAGGCAGUCCUUCGCUCUAGCAUCCGAGAAUACAUUGUCUCCGAAGCCCUCAAUGCCUUGGGUGUGCCCACUACCCGCGCACUCUCCCUCACUCUCCUGCCAAAAUCACAGGUACUCCGCGAACGCAUCGAGCCCGGUGCAAUCGUCGCCCGAUUUGCCGAGAGUUGGCUACGAAUCGGCACCUUUGAUCUCCUCCGCGUCCGUGGUGAACGUGACCUCAUCCGCCAACUGUCCACCUACAUCGCUGAAGAUGUCUUUGGCGGAUGGGAAACCCUCCCCGCCGCGAUCUCGGUCGGCGAAGGCCAAACCGCCGCCGAGAUGGACGACCCGCCCCGCGGCAUUGGCCGCGACGAAGUCCAGACCCAACAGGGUGUAGACGAGAACCGGUUUGCGCGACUGUACCGGGAGAUCGUGCGGCGGAAUGCAAAGACCGUUGCUGCAUGGCAGGCAUACGGUUUCAUGAACGGCGUGCUCAACACGGACAACACCUCGAUCUACGGGUUAUCUCUGGACUACGGUCCGUUCGCUUUUAUGGACAAUUUCGACCCGCACUAUACCCCCAAUCACGAUGACCACAUGUUGCGCUACUCGUACAAGAACCAGCCCAGCAUCAUCUGGUGGAAUCUUGUUCGACUAGGCGAGUCACUAGGCGAACUCCUCGGCGCCGGCAACAAAGUCGACGACGAAACGUUUAUCAAGGACGGUGUCAGCGAGGAGAUGGAAGCGGAACUAGUCAAGCGUGCCGAAACGGUCAUCGAACGAACGGGCGAAGAAUUCAAAACCGUCUUCCUGAACGAGUACAAAGGUUUAAUGUGUCAGCGUCUGGGACUGAAGACGCAACAGGAGUCUGAUUUCCAGAAACUCUUUUCCGAGAUGUUGGACACGCUCGAAGCACUAGAACUGGACUUCAAUCAUUUCUUCCGUCGCCUGUCUGGGCUAUCAGUUUCCGAGCUGGAUACCGAGGAGAAGCGGGUGACUGCAGCAGCAGUGUUCUUCCAUGCCGAGGGAUUCAGUGUUAUCGGGUAUACCGAGGCAACGGCCCGGGCUCGAAUUGCCAAUUGGCUGGACAGCUGGCGGACUCGUGUGCUCGAGGACUGGGGGAGUGAUGCCGACAAUGAGAGACAAGCUGCCAUGAAGACCGUCAAUCCCAAUUUCGUGCCCAGAGGCUGGAUUCUGGAUGAAGUGAUCGAGAGGGUGGAGAAGAAGGGGGACCGGGAUAUCUUGGGGCGCGUGAUGCAGAUGAGUCUGAACCCAUUCAAUGACGAAUGGGGAUUGAACAAGGCAGAGGAAGAGCGAUUCUGCGGGGAUGUGCCCAAGUACAAGCGAGCCAUGAUGUGUAGCUGCAGUUCUUGA